AGUCCCAGAUAGUACACAUAGCAAGCUUUUAAAAAAAAAAAAAAAAUAGAUAGAGAUAGAGAGAGUAAACAGUACAUGGACUAGAAAUAGAAUAGCGAGAGAGAGAGAGAGUUAGUACAAGUAGAUAGAAUAGAAAUACAUGUGCAACAUUAAAUCAACAUGUCUUAAGGCUAUUCACACAGUUUAUGUUUUAAUGUUUUAUUCAUAUAUAUAUAUAUAUAUAUAUAUAUAUAUAUAUAAAACUUCCUUUUCAUUUGUCGAGAAAAAAUGAACUAAAAGUACUUUAAAUGUCAAUAUAUUUAUUACUUUGCUAAUAAAUGUUACUUUCAACAUUUGCAGCCAAACUAUACAUGAUAUAUAGACUCUCAUAAAGGACAUUAAUAAAGAGUCUCGGUAUUUCGCAACAACGUCAAAAGUUAUUUCAAAUGUAGAGCAGAAAUACUAUUCUUUCACAAAUAACCUUUUUUUGUCCUAAAAUAUAUUUUAAUGCAAACCUUUAUCUUCACACGAUGUCGCUGCACUACUGAUAUUCACUUUAAGGGGAGGAUGCGAGAACAGCCAUGCUUGGCUUUCUGUUGGACGGAGGCAGAGAGAGCAGCACUGAGACACAGUUGAAUCUGAUCAGCGGGCGGGAUCCACGGCACGGCGCUAUGGCGAUGCUCUGGAUAUUUUCAAGAAUCCAAACACCCGCUAACCUCGAUUCGUUUUGGAACACACUGCUAUAUUUCUUGUGAAAGACAGUGAAAGCAUUGACAUGCGCUCUGCAAUGGAUCCGUGGAGGAGAAGGCAGCUCGGUUUUGUCGUCCUCUCUGCGAUGUGGAGUCUCGCCUCGGCUGUAACAAGAUACUCCAUCCCUGAAGAAAUUCCAGUGGGCACAGUGAUCGCAAAUAUCGCCACGGAUUUAGGCCUUGACGCGCACAGUCUGUUGGAACGAAAGGUAAAGCUGGAUCAUAUCCAUAGCAAGAAAUACCUAGAAAUAAACGAAAAAACUGGAGAACUGUUUAUCGCUGAGAAAAUUGACCGGGAGUAUUUAUGCCCGGCCAAAACAUCAUCGUUUUGCUUCCUCAAGAUGGACGUGAUAAUCGAGAGUCCAAUACGCAUAUUUAAUAUCGAAUUAGAAAUUAUGGACAUCAAUGACAACGCGCCUCAGUUCAGAAGGGAGAGAAUACCGCUCGAUAUUUCAGAAUCAGCAACACCUGGAGAGAGAUUUUCUUUAACAAACGCGGUGGAUGCAGAUGUUGGAGAGAACUCAAUCGAGACCUAUUAUCUGAGUGACAGCGACACGUUUACGAUUGAAAUCCAGUCUGGAAGUGACGGGACUAAAUAUGUCGACCUGGUGCUAAAAGCGAGUUUAGACAGAGAAAAACAAGCCGUUCAUACACUAACCCUCUCCGCCGUGGACGGGGGCGUACCUGCGCGCUCAGGUACGGCCAGCCUUAUCGUCCAAGUGCUGGAUAUCAAUGACAACGCCCCUCAGUUUGAUCGACAAGUCUACUCGGUUGACCUCAUUGAAAAUGCACCAAUCGGGACACUGAUUAUGCAGCUGAAUGCAACCGAUUUGGAUGAGGGUGUGAAUGCGGAGGUCAUAUACUCCUUCACUUUAUACACAUCCGAGAAAACACAAGAAAAGUUCUCGUUGGAUCCCAGCAGUGGAGAAAUAAGAGUAAAAGACAUGAUUGACUUUGAAGAAGUGAAGAGCUUUGAGAUGUAUGUUGAAGCCAAGGACAAGGCUGUGAAUCCACUUUCUGGUCAGUGUAAAAUUUUGGUGUUCAUCACUGAUCUAAACGAUAACCACCCUGAGAUUACAAUAAAAUCUUUUCAGAGUUCGAUUAAAGAAAAUGACCCUGUAGGAACAGUGAUCGCCGUCAUCAGUGUGAGUGACAGGGACUCUGGAGAUAAUGGUAAGGUUGUUCUUUCCAUCCACAAUGCUGAGAUUUUACCAUUUGCUCUUAAUAAGUCAUCUGAAGACUUUCUGGAGUUAAUAGUCACCGAAUCGAUUGACCGUGAGCUCAAAAACAGUUAUGAUAUCACACUUUAUGUGACCGACAGAGGAACCCCUCCUUUGACUGAUAACGAAACAAUCAGUCUUACAAUUCAAGACGUCAACGAUAACGCCCCAACGUUCCCUCAAUCCUUCUAUACCAUUCAUCUAAUGGAAAACAAUGAGCCUGGGGCUUUGCUCGCCUCCUUAACGGCCCAUGACCCAGACUUGCACGAAAAUCAGUAUAUUGUUUACUUCAUCAUAGAAAAGGAGAUCGCCAACACCUCAAUGUCCAUGCUGUUUUCCAUCAAUCCCGAGAACGGCAACCUCUAUGCAUUACGCACGUUCGACUACGAAAGAGAGAAGGAGUUUCUGUUUCACAUCGAAGCUAGAGAUUCAGGACUUCCUCCUCUUAGCAAUAACAUGACCGUACACAUCAUAAUCCUGGACCAAAAUGACAACGCGCCGCUCAUAGUUUCUCCAUGGCGUCCGCAAGGUGCUGUUAUAGAAGAAGUAAUCCCGAGGUCAAGCGAUAAAGGAUCCCUGGUCACCAAGGUCAUUGCGUUGGACGCCGACUCCAUGCAGAACUCUCGAAUAACGUAUCAGUUCCUCCAGAUCACCGACACCACGCUAUUCAGCCUCGACCAGUACAACGGCGAGAUACGAACCACUCGCAUGUUCAGCUACAGAGACCCCAGACAUCAGCGCCUGGUCAUCAUAGCCAGAGACAAUGGAGAUCCUCCUCGCUCCGCCACGGUGACCAUCAAGAUCUCCACAGUGGAGCAAGUGGUCACGCAGUUUACCGAAACCACAGAGGUGCCUAUCGAAUACGACCUGUUCACCGAUCUCAACCUGUAUUUGCUGAUCGGUUUGGGGUCGGUGUUGUUUCUUCUGCUCAUAACCAUCCUGGUGAUCAUCGUGCUGAAAUGUCAAGAACCCAAACCCUCACAAGCAGCUCCUCAGGUGAUGCCUACUGGUACAGUCUGUUUCUGGCAGAGACUAGAAAAGGGAAGGUGGUGGUGCGGCAGCCCCUUCCAGAUGGAACAGGAUUCAUUGUGUCAAGCAUCCCAGGAAGUGCUACACUCACUGAGACCAGUGCUUCAAGGUCUUCCACUUUACAGGAGUCAAGCAGUGAUUUACCAUGAUCUGGACAUGCUGACUGAUGGAUUACAACCUUCCACACCAGGCUCACUGUCCAUGGGAGACAGAUUGAUCUUCUGUUUUACCGAUUUUCAGGGUUUCAUUCGUUUUCAAACACCUCUGUGUGUAGCUUCAAGAGAUCAUUUUAAUAUUCUUUCAUAUUUUGUAUUCAUUUAUAAUAUUAAUCAUUUAAUUUAUAUUACUUCUUAUUUUCCAUGCUCUUGUGAUGAUUGUGUCAGACUAGGUAUAAAGAAACACACAACUCAGAUUAUUCAGUUACUUCUAUUGAGUUGUUUUGACCAUCACUUCUUCUCCAGCUUCCUGUUCUUCGUGUUGCCUUUUUGGCUAAUAGAAGAAUUAACUUUCAAUUGACUUUCAAGACCAACAUUGUGUCAGAAAGAGACAUCCAGUGCGGCUUUGUGGCGAUUUAAGGCUGGGUCUAACAACUGUAUAUCAGCCACUUGUAACCACAUUGAGCAUGACUUUGCAUGGCUAAGACAAACAAGAUGGACUUUUUAUAUCUAAAAGACUGUACUACAGAGCAAAGACAGAAGUGAUACUUCACGACUACAAGAAGAACAGGACUUUCACCUGUCUGGUUCUAGUAAGAUAUGAACUACAAAACAGCUGGUAAAGAGAUGAAAAGAGGGUCAAGACUGUUAAAGGGUUCUGGUAUUAAUGAUGCUCUAUUUUUACAUUGUUAAAACACGCUGAUGAGAAAGCUGUGAUCAGAUGAGCACAAUCUAAUGAGCCAGGCAUUGUUUAUACCUCAAAACACUUGGUUUGCCAGCUAUGCGGUGCACAUGAUUCAUGUUUAUUUUUAUCCUGCCUACCAAAUACCAUAAACGGCCUAAAACAUUAGAAAGCAUUAAAAAGUAAAUUAUUUGAAAUCCUAGACAAAUGCUACAAUGAGUAUUAAUCUCAUGAAUGACACUUUACAAAAAGGUUUUACUUGUUUACAUUAGUUAACUAGUUUUUAUAAACUAACAAUUCUAAAACAUUUAUUAAUCAUAGUUAAUGUUAACUGCAACAUAUACUAAUUCAAUAUUAAAAUCAUACGGAGCCCCUAAAGGGACAUGGUGGUGGAAUAAAUUCGGGGUGGGAGUAAAAAAUAUUUUCUCUUGCAAAAAUGUUGCAUUCCAUCGCAAAAAAAAUUGCGUUCUCUCGCAAAGAUAUUUGCGUUCCAUGUCCAAACUCAAUGCAAAGGGGAAUGCAAAAGUUUUGCGAAGGAAAGCUAAUAUGUUUGCGAGAGAAUGCAAACGUUUUGUGAGGGAAUGCAAAGUUUCUUGAGGGAACGCAAAAAAAUCUGAAAAAUAUUUUUUUCCUCCCACCCCGUCGCUUUAGAGGUUCCAUAAAAUCAAAAGUUGUAUCUGUUGUAACAUAUAUUAUAUUGUAAUAUUAUAUUAAUAUUACUGUAACAUAGUAAUAUUAUAGACAUGAUCUACCAUGAAUUAGCAAUGAACAGUUGUAUUUUUAUGAACUUUUAUUAAAAAUUAAUAAAUACAAUAGAAAACGUCUUUGCUCAUUGUUAAUUAAUAUUGGCUAUGGCAUUAAUUAAUGUUAAUAAAUAUGACCUUAUUGUAAAGUGUUACCAUUACAUCGGUAUGGCAUCUGCCAUUGGGUUGUGCCAAAAUUUUACUGAAAACCAAGGAGGCAUAAAAUAAAUUGUUUAGUGCAAACCUAUUGUACUAGGUGCGAAAACAACAAAAAGGUUUAAAACAUUUAUUAAUCUACCUUUUUGCAGAUAUAUGUAGCCAGUGCUAGAAUAUUAACCUUGCCACAUUGACAACAAUAAUAUAAACCUAUAGAUCUUUUUUGUACAAGAAUCAACAAUUGUACUAUCAAAUUGCUAUUCAGUGUCAUUUUUGGCCUUGUUUACAUAAGUUUUUGAGGUUUAUAUUGUUUUGUAUUAUGAAAUUGAGAUAAAAUGCUUGUUAAUGUAUUUAAUGCUGCUUCUUAUAUAUGAUGACAGUGCAAUGUUUUAAGCAUUUUUUUUCUUUUAUUUGUGGUGAUAUAUUCAGCAAUUUCAUUAUAUCAUUUUGUAGAUCUACUUAUAUCAUGACAGAAAUUAAAUCUGUAUUCCUCUCCUUGUAUUAAAACAGUGUGUCAGCUACUGACGUGAGUGGGAAGGUGGAAAGGAAUGACAAUAGUGCAAGAAAAAGUGGUGUAGGAGGAACAAGGAGAAAGAGAGAGAAAAAGAGAAAACAGUAAUAUAGGUCACUUGAAACAUGUGAUUUGUAUUUAGAUUGACACAUCCAGUUACCAGGACACAGAAUGGUACUACAAGUUGCCAUUAGUAUUGACAGCCAUGUAAUUCAGUUUAACUUACUUCCUGAAUAAUGACAGCUUAAAUUGGAGUACCUGGCAGCAGAUGUGAGAAUUUAGAGAUAAAUGACACAAGUUUAAAAAAAAAUAAAUAAAUGCUGUGCCUUUAGCUGUUUGCUUUAGGGCAGAGAAAAGUGUGCCUGAAUUUUUCAAUGACAAAAAAACAGAAUGAUGUUAAUAAUACUAUCAGCAUAUACGUCACAAUUUCAUCUCAUUUCAGUAUUUGCAUUUCUGUUGCCUUACUUGCUAAAUGUCCUUAUGCAAACAGUAAACAAUGCCUUUGUAUUCUCGCUGGACUUUAUGAUUUGCCCUUUGUUUGUAAAUACUGCAAUGUGAAUAAAAGCUUUUGCAGUAUAUUUCUGAGGUGUUUGUAUUGUGAGAGUGUGUGUG